AUGUCUGCCACAGGCCCCACUAAGAAGAUCUUCGAUCAAUCCGACCUCGCAAGCUUCAGGAGGUCGCUGGCCUACACGGGACUCCACCAGGUGCUUGGCAAAGUCAUCGAAAAGGUGAGAUCACAAGACGUCCCCAGCGGAUACUUGGAUGCCACUCUCGUUACCAGAGAUGGCGUCCGUGCCAUCACAAGAACAAAGCUUGAAGGACCCAUCAAGGAGGAUGUGGUUGCAGAUUCGCCUGUGGAUAGUGGACGUACUCCUGAGGACAACCAUGGACCCGUUUUUGACGGCGUCAUCGCUUUGUUUGACAAGCUCCAAGGGCUCAUCGACGAAACACCCCCUUUGAAGGGGCCUCGCAGAUUUGGCAAUAUGGCAUGCAGAGAGUGGCACGAGAAGGUGAAGGCAAACAUUGGUCCCUGGCUUCAACAGGUCUUGAAUCCUGCGGACAAUCAGAGCGAACUCUUGCUCGAGUUGAAAUACUACUUGGAGAACUCGUUCGGCUCUCAGGUAAGAUUGGACUACGGAACUGGCCAUGAACUCUCAUACCUCGCCUUCAUUGGGGGACUUAUAGACUUCAAAUUCUUGGACUAUGAAACAUUGACGGGUGCACAAGUGCUUGCCUUAUUUUCAAAGUACUACGACUUGGUCAGGAGGCUCAUUUUGGAUUACAACUUGGAACCAGCAGGUUCACACGGGGUCUGGGGCUUGGACGACCAUUUCCAUUUGAUCUACAUCCUUGGUGCCGCCCAAUUCUCCACCUCCAACAUAUCGCCUCCAGUUUCACAGGUGCUCACUGGACAAAUGGUGAAUACUUACAAAAGUACAAACUUGUACGUGAAUGCCAUUGCAUUCAUUUUCAAAAUCAAACUGGGACCGUUCAAUGAGCACUCUCCCAUUCUCUACGAUAUCCACACUGCUGUGCACUUGUGGUCGAAAGUGUUGCAAGGGUUGUUGAAGAUGUACGAGGUCGAAGUUUUGGGUAAGUUUCCAGUGGUGCAACAUUUCUGGUUUGGUGAGAUUUUGUACCUAUGGAAAGAUAGGCAAACGGGAAGGGAAUUACCUGUUAACCCCAGAAGCGACGACAAAGAGGAUAGCGAGGAGGUGGGCUUUAUUAAUGGAACAAGAGGGGUCAAUACUACACGGUCAAACAUAUCAAUGACUGCAGCACCUUGGGCCAUGGGUAGAAGUCAACCUAAAAGAUGA